UAAAAAGUUUUAAACCAAAGCCACAAACCAGAUAUACUGAGAACAAUCUAACUUCAUACUUUCUCCUCCACUCUGUCACCACUAUCACCUAUAAAAAUAAAAAAUUAUUUUUAUAAUUUUUAAAUACAUUCUUCUAUUUAAAAAAUAUUACCAUAUACACAUAGUAAAUGGAUAAUAUAUUAGUUAUACUCCCUUUAUUAGGAAAAUAAGGCUAACUGCACAAAAUAUUCUGACACUUUCUAUUUUUUACUUAAUUGUAUGUCUUGGAAAUGCAGCCGUAGAGAGAACUUUACUCAUCAUGGCUGCCUAGUGCUCCAUCGUGAAAAUGCACGAUUGAUUCAGUCUCCUGUGGUUUGACAUUGAGUUGGUUCCAGUCUUUGUUAUUAUAAAUAAUUCUGCAUGAAAUUGUUUUGCACAUAUGAAAGGCAUGUCUAAAUAUUCAUAUUGAGUUGAAAAAUUAUGCAACCAGAGAAAUUUUCUUGGUAUAAUGAGAGUAACCAAAUUUUCUAUUUUAGUCUCCAGAUUCCUGUGAUUCAAAUAAAAUCAGCCACCAAUAUCCCCUUUAAAUUGAUGAAAUGGUUUGUACAAAAUUAAAUUUGGAAAUUAUUUUCCUUACUCAGACUGGAGUUGGGAUCCUUGGAAAUUCCUCACUUUUUUGUCUUUAUAUCUUUACUUUGCUCACUAGGCACGUGUUGAGACCCACAGACUUGAUUCUCAUCCAGCUAGUCAUAGCUAACAACUUGGUUCUUUUUAAUAAAAGAAUUCCUCAGACUAUGGCAACAUUUGAGUUGAAAUAUAUCCUGGAUUAUGUUGGAUGUAAACUUGUCUUCUAUUUACACAGAGUGGCCAGAGGGGUUUCCCUCAGCACUACCUGCCUCCUCAGUGGCUUCCAGGCCGUUAAGCUCAACCUUAAUACCUCUAAGUGGAUAGAGCUCAAGAGUAGAUUCCCAAAGUGUGUUGACUUCUGCUGUUUCCUCUGCUGGAUCUUGCAUCUCCUAUUAAAUAUCUUUAUUGCUAUGAAUGUUACUGGACCAAGAAAGAGCAAAAACACGAGUAUGGGGAAAAUUUAUGAAUACUGUAGUUCACCCAUUCCAAAUGAAUUCGUAGUCUCACUACAUGCAGUCAUGUUCUCCUUCAUUGAUCUUACAUGUUUGGACUUCAUGGCCUGGUCUAGUGGCUCCAUGGUCCUUGUCUUGCACAGGCACAAGCAGCAAGUCCAACACAUUCACAGCAGCAGCCUUUCCCCCAGAACUUCCCAUGAGGCCAGAGCCACACGCACCAUCCUGUUUGUGGUGAGCAUAUUCAUCUCCUUUUAUUUUCUCUCUUCCAUUUUGUCUCUUUGGGUAACACUGAUUGUGAACCCAAGCCACUGGCUAAUGAAUACCUCUGCACUGAUGUCUUCAGGCUUCCCGACAUUCAGUCCCUUUGUGCUCCUUGGCAGUGACACCGGCCUCUCAGUUCUGGUCUGCCUUCUGGGGAAGAAAAAUAAUUUCUCCAAACUACACUGCACAGAAUCUGGGUGCGGGCUCUUUAAGAGGGUGAAGCCCCGCCCCGUCCUCAUAACCUCGAGGCACCAUUUCCCAGCGCCCCUUGCGGUGCCACAUGGCCUUGGCCGGGGCAGGGAGGUUGUCAGCGCCUCGGUCAGGCCGAUUGCUCAGGAGAACUACAUUACCCAGAAACUUCUGCGCCGCGCAGUGGCGGCUCUGUUAAGGGAGUUUCCGUACGUGCGGAAGACGUCUGGGCGGGACUUCCGGUAUCUUCCUCGCGGCGGACAUUUUGUCGGCUGUUGGGACUAUCCUAGGAGAAAUCGGGGGCCUCUGGUUCGGUUCAGAGGUGAGUGA